UAGGGUUAGAACUCAAUAUAUUUGUUAUGCCACGAUCCCGAAAACCCUAUUUUCUUUGAACUCCGCCUCAUUUAUCCCGUCUCCGCAGGCAUGGCUACCAAGCAGCCAAAUACUGGCCUCUCUGUAGGACUGAACAAGGGUCAUGUUGUAACCAAGAAGGAGUUGGCUCCUCGUCCCUCCAUUCGGAAAGGAAAAACAAGCAAGAGAGUUCAUUUCGUGAGGAGCUUGAUCAGAGAAGUUGCUGGUUUUGCACCAUACGAGAAGAGGAUCACUGAGCUUCUGAAAGUUGGCAAGGACAAGCGAGCUCUAAAGGUUGCUAAAAGGAAGUUGGGAACUCACAAAAGGGCAAAGAAGAAGCGUGAAGAGAUGUCCAGCGUUCUCCGUAAGAUGAGGGCCCAUGGUGGAGGUGCAGAAAAGAAGAAAUAAACCUUUGUUUUCUUGGUUUUGCUCUGUUCUCGAUUAGGAGCAGCUGGAGAUGUUUGUUUAGCUUAUGUUUCGUUUUUGUUGUUUGAGACUGAAAUCUGUGUUUUGAAAACUUUUUAUUUGAAUUAGAUAUGAGAAAUUGGAAGAAGUAA